AUGCUGCUGGGGGUCCGCAAGCAGGGCCUGUGCUGCUCCUUAUGCAAAUACACGGUGCAUGAACGCUGCGUGUCCAAAGACAUCGCCGCCUGCAUCAGCACCUACGCCAAGUCUCGCCGACACACCAACGCGAUGCAGCACGUGUGGAUGGAGGGGAACUCUCCGGCAAAAUGUGACCGCUGCCACCGAAGUAUUAAAUGUUACCAGGGCCUGACAGGACUGCACUGUGUCUGGUGUCAAAUCUCCCUGCAUAAUAAGUGUGCGUCUAACGUCAAGCCCGAAUGUGAUGGAGGAGCACUCAGAGACCACACGCUGUUACCCUCGUACAUCUGCCCCGUCGUACUGGAGCGUCAUUCGGUCGUGAAGCGCGGUGAAGGGGACUCUCCUCCCAGCACCAGCCCCGACGACAUCACCCAGACCUUUAAGUUCAGUCCCGGGGACGGACAGGCUCUGCAGAUCACGCCACUGCCCGGGACUCACCCGCUGCUGGUCAUGGUCAAUCCUAAAAGUGGAGGAAGGCAAGGAGAGAGGGUCCUCAGGAAGUUCAGGUACUUGCUGAAUCCCAGGCAGGUCUACACUCUGGACCAAGGCGGACCCAUGGUGGGGCUGAACUUCUUCCAUGAUGUCCCAGACUUCCGGGUGCUGGCCUGUGGAGGAGACGGGACUGUGGGCUGGAUCCUGGACUGCAUCGACAAGGCCAACUUUGCCAGACCCCCCGCGGUGGCCGUGCUGCCUCUGGGCACCGGCAAUGACUUGGCUCGCUGCUUACGCUGGGGAGGAGGCUACGAGGGCGGCAGUUUGCUGAAGUUCCUCCGGGACAUCGAGCACAGCACAGAAGUGCUGUUGGAUCGUUGGAACAUCCACAUCGUCCCCGACGACAAAGAGGAGAAGGGAGACCCAGUGCCCUACAGCAUCGUCAACAACUACUUCUCUAUCGGAGUGGUGAGUAUUUACUCAGAGGGAAGAGUAAAGUAUGAACUACUUCUCUAUCGGAGUGAUGAGUAUUUACUCAGAGGGAAGAGUAAAGUAUGA